AUCAUGGUUGCAAAUGGAGGUCUUGGUAAUGGAGUUAGUCGAGAAAAAUUGUACCUAUUAUUUUCUGGUUUUGGUACCAUUCAAGAUAUUCAAAUGAAGCCAAAAAGAUCAUACAGCAUAUUGAACUUUGACGAUGUUAAUGAUGCACAAAUUGUAUUUAACAAAUUCAAUAAAUUUUGUGCUAUAAAGGAUGAAAGUGAAAAGGAUGUACAUCUAUGUUUGGCUUUCAUUGAGAAAAUGCCUUACUUAGAAGACUCUAAUGCAAUGCAUUACCCACAAGGACUAGAAAUAGUAAACGAUUUCGUUUCUGAGAAUGAAGAAAAAAUGUUUCUGGACUAUUGUGACUGGGGGGAGGAAGAUUCAAUAUCUUUAAAGAACAGAAGAGUAAGACACUUUGGUUAUGAAUUCAACUAUAAAGAAAAGACUAUUUCUAAACUCAACGGUUUGCUUAAUAGGAUACCACAAUUUUGCUGUGAUUUAUUAAAAAAGCUAAAGCAGUUGAAUUACGUCACCGAAGAUUUUGAUCAGUUGACUGUCAAUCAGUAUAAUCCUGGCAAAGGAAUCCCCAAUCAUGUAGACACUCCAGAAGUUUUUGAAAAAGAAAUUGCUAUCAUCAGCUUAGGGAGCUCUAUUGUGAUGGAUUUCAAACACCCUGAUGGAACUCAUGUGCCAAUUGUGUUGCCCAGAUUUUCCGUUGCAAUUUUAAAAAAUGAAAGCCGUUACAUCUGGUCUCACGGGAUAGCUCCAAGAUUAUAUGACCUAAUUAAAUCAGAGACAGGAUUAACAUUAGCAAGAAGAUCUACCAGAAUAUCGUUCACUUUCAGAAAAAUAAAAACGAAGUUACUAGGUAAUUUUUUGUUUACCAAUGUAAUGAAAUUUCCUAAGCUUAAUUGCGUUGCCAUAACGGUUGAUAACGAUAAACUCGCUCAGGUUUACAACACAAUAGCUCCACAUUUCAGCAGAACAAGACAUUCACCAUGGCCUUCUGUUGUUAACUUUUUAAACCGUUUAGAUCCAUAUGCCAUUGUUCUGGAUGUUGGCUGUGGAAAUGGCAAAUAUCUUAAUACAAGAAAGUCUGACCUGUUCAUGAUCGGUUGUGAUGCAAGUCCCACUCUCUGUCAAAUCGGAUCUUCCGUAGGUGAGGUUCAAAUUUGCAAUGUCGUGGCUUUGCCAUAUCCUGACUGUACUUUUGAUGCUUGCAUUUGUAUUGCUGUGUUACAUCAUCUAGCAUCACAGGAAAGAAGAUCUUUAGCUAUUAAAGAAAUUGUUAGGGUGUUGAAAGUUGGAGGCCAGGCUCUUAUUUAUGUUUGGGCUAUGGAACAGGAUUUUGCAGGAGUUAAGUCAAAAUAUUUGAAAUCUGUUAAAAAAAUUACAGAACUAACAGAGUUUCACAAAGUCGAUGAUAAUUUGAGUCUUCCUGUACAUAACAGCAAAACAACUUUCAAAUAUUGUGAUAACUUGGUGCCGUGGACUCUUCAAACUGAAUAUCCUACUAAAGAUGAUCUCAACAGUGUUGAGGUCUAUAAAAGAUAUUACCACGUGUUUUGUAAAGGAGAACUUGUUGAACUGUGCAGACAGUUUGAUUCUUCAUUGAUAGUAUCUAAUGUUUUUUAUGAAGAAGGUAAUUGGUGUGUAGAAAUAAUCAAAACUAACAAAAUUGAAACGAUACUCUUGUAA